UUCAUUUGCGUGACAGUGUUCUUUUUCCUCGCGUCAUCCUCGUGCUGUUUCUAUUUAACUUUGCUAGCCUUCAAACCGGGAUGGAGGAUUUGCCGCCUGUGGGUCAGGCGUCGGUGUGUGACAGAAAAGAGUUGUGUGAAGAGUCUUUGUCCACUGGGACAGAGACGGUAAAUGUGGGAGUCGGCACAGAACCUUGUCAUGGCAGGUGGGAAGUAGAGACAGAUGAAGUUGUCCUGCAGCGGCGGCAAAAGCAGAUAGAUUAUGGCAAAUGUACACCUGGUUACCAGUGCUUUCGGCAGCAGGUCCCCAAAGCACAGCGACAGCCAGGGCUUCACCCUCAAACACCGAAUAAGAACAGGAGGUACAGCCGUCGUUCCUGGGAUGCUCAGAUCCGGCGAUGGAGAAGAGCCCUACAUACCUGGGACCCCCCCAGCAAGCCUCUUCAGGGCAAGGGGACUAAAGGGCAAGGAAAGGAAAAUCCCUUAGAACCCAUGGAUUCUACCUCUUUGGAUGACAUCCUGCAUGACUGGCUCCAAGCCCUGGAAACCUCAGAGAAUCUGGAUGGAGGCCAUAAGGGGGUCAAGUUUGCAGACUUGGUGGCUCCAAUUUCCUGCCCUCGUAAGCUAAGUGAGGAAGACAACGAUUCACCUGUCCCAGACUUGGAUAGGACAGGAAACAGUUAGAGAAAACAUGUCUUUCAGGGGACUUGCUAAAUGUGAUAGUGAAGUCACUUGUGUUAGGGUACUUUUUGAACAAUAAGAAAGAAAUUUAAAACUCACAAGAUGAAGAAGGCAUUGUUUAAAAAUCUCUUUUUCUUUCUUUCUUUCAUUCUUUUUUUUGUUUGUUUGUUUGUCUGAUGGGGAGACUUGUGUUUACACAAGAGCCAAAAACUAAUUUCUUCACCUACUUACAUCUACAUUCCAUCUCUUUAAAAAGGACACAACUCUGGCUGAGGUGGGUGGCGGUAGAGGUGGUGAAAGCUUAAUAAAAAGGUGGUUUCCUCUUCCUGAAGAGGAAACAUAGUGCCGUCAACGUCGUUUGUGCAUC